CAAAUGACGACAUAAACCAUUUAUUUUUUUGGGAGAUUCAAGAUGGCGGCUGGUUCGUUUGGUGUAAUACCCCGUUUAGCUCGUUUAUCCCUYAAUUGCUCUAUACAGCGGACUUGUUUAGGGUCUGUGAACGCCUGUAAUCGCCGGCGAUUACUUUCUUCCUGUGCCAACAAAAAUGCUAUGACAAACGAGCUAAAGACCCAAGAAGAUUUUUACUUAUCACCGUCUGAAACUGUUUUGAUUCCAAGGAGAACUUUUAUUACUGGUUUUAUACCUAGACCUGGUCAGUCACGAAAAAAGAAAUAUUCAGAGAGGAGAAUAAUAGGGUAUUCUAUGGAAGAUAUUUAUGCAGUUGUGGCAGAUGUUGAUGAUUACAAGAACUUUGUUCCUUGGUGYAGAAACUCCUCUACAUAUAAUCGCAAACCUGGCCAUUUCAAGGCCAGAAUCUGUGUUGGUUUUCCACCUCUUUUAUCAGAGACAUACACCUCAGUGGUAUCGGUUGUACCUCCUAACAUGGUUCAGUCUGAAUGCUCUGAUGGAGAAAUGUUCAACUACAUGAAAACRAUUUGGAAAUUUAGUCCUGGUCUCCAUGGAAACCAAAACACAUGUACCUUGGACUUUGAUGUUGAGUUUGAGUUCAAGUCAGCUUUACAUUCACAACUCUCUACRUUAUUUUUUGAUGAAGUCGUAAAGAAAAUGGUUAGAGCAUUUGAAAAACGAUGUCAAUAUUUAUAUGGGCCAGAUCACUUGCGACAGGCUUUAAAAUCUAGGGCUGCUCAACCAAAUCCAAGAUAACAUUUAACAGACUUUGUAAAGAUAAACUAUAUAUGGCUAGGGUAAUAAAUAAUAAGUAAUACUAAGAAUGGAACACGGCUUUUGCAAUAACAGAGCAUAAUCUCCCAAUCGGAGGAGGACAGACACAUAGAAUGACGAACCGCUCAUGCACAGAGCCAGCACAAGCUUGAAACCGUGUCUCUUUUAAUCUUUUUCCUCGUCUUUAGGGACUGUUCAUUAAUUAUGCCUCGGGGGGCUGGAGGAAAAAUUGAAGAAAACCUUGGAAAAAUUCACAACCCCCCAAUUCUAUCUAAAAAAUUUUUUUGACGCCCCCUCCUUGUGACCUUAUAGACAUACCUUAAUUAUUUAUUUCAACCCCCCCCCCCCUCCUUUAAGUCAGCAAAAUUUAAUAAUCAUUACUAUUACAAAAUUUAUUUAAUACUAUUAAAGCCCCCCCUUCUUUGCG